GCAACACACUCUCAGUGUUGCGCAGUCUAACCCCACAAAUAUUUACGAAAAUUUUGUGAAAAGGAAUGCAGAAAAACUAGACUCGAGUUGCUGGACUUUUUUUGCCCGUGUGAAUACACAGAGCGACACCAAAAGAGAAUUUGCCGAAAACGAGGGUCAAAAGAGUCUGUGUUAAAGCCGCCUAUGUGCACAAAUCAAACUUACUCGUGUAUGGCCUGUGCACUCUUUUGCAAAACAAAGUGUUGCAAAUUAAAGUAAAAUUUAUUAGAAACAUAUGGAUGUUUGGAUGAGUCAUUGUCUACAGUUGUACAGUCAGAUACGUACAAAUAUUAGUAUAAUAAAUUUACACGAGAAUUAUACAUAGACGAACGCCAAAUGUAUCUGUUUGUUUAGUGAAAAGAUUUCAUAUCGAUCGAAAGCACAAAUCUGUCGCAAAUGGCUAGUUCUACGGGAUGGGCAAAACUGAAAGAGAAAUAGCCGAUAGCCGAGCAACUAAUAUUUCUGUGCGUGAACGGGCUCGAAAGUGAUCGAUUGUAUCGAUUUUAACGAAUUUUAUAGCUCAUCUUGAUUGUUUUGUCUAACCACCUUUACUUAAUGAUUAGUUAAUUGGAAGUGUAAAUUUUUGUGUAUUCCUUAGAAAGUGGUAGGGUAUGUUUAAGAACACCUUUCAAUCAGGGUUUCUUUCGAUUUUGUAUAGCAUCGGAAGUAAACCUUUGCAAAUAUGGGACAAAAAAGUGCGAAAUGGACAUAUUAAACGUAUUACUGACAAUGAUAUUCAAAGCUUAGUGUUAGAAAUUGUCGGUACAAAUGUAAGCACCACAUAUGUAACGUGUCCAGCUGAUCCGAAAAAAACUUUAGGCAUAAAACUGCCAUAUUUGGUUAUGAUAAUUAAAAAUUUGAAAAAAUAUUUUACCUUUGAAGUUCAAGUUCUGGAUGAUAAAAAUGUACGUCGCAGAUUUCGAGCUAGUAAUUAUCAAUCAACAACCCGCGUCAAACCUUUUAUUUGCACCAUGCCAAUGCGUCUUGAUGAAGGUUGGAAUCAAAUACAAUUUAACUUGUCUGACUUUACUAGGAGGGCGUAUGGAACGAAUUAUGUGGAAACUUUACGGGUACAAAUACAUGCGAACUGUAGAAUAAGACGAGUGUAUUUCUCUGAUAGACUUUAUUCCGAAGAAGAGCUUCCACCGGAAUUUAAACUAUUUCUACCCAUUCAAAAACCACAAAAAGCUAACCACACGGCGUGUAGUUGAUAAAUUAUUAUUUAUUUAAAGCAACGGUAUUUUAUAUUGGAAACCUUUUUACUAUAUUAAAAUAUAGGCGAAGCUAUUAGGGCGAACAUAAAAGCAUAAAUCAAGCGAGAUUGACAUUGGCAUAAUUCAUAUUCACUAAUUUUUAUUAUUUUGGAGUAUAAUCCAAACCUCCAUAUAAUUUUAAUUUUAAUAUUGUCUGAGCUAUUGCUAACAAAUGAGACAGAAACUUUAUAAUUCCUAAUGUGAGGCGACUAAAUUAUAGCUUCUAUCAUAGCAGCAUUUGACAGUAUUGCUCCAACUUGUUCAAAAUCGUUCACUGAAAUAAAGAAAGUAAUGAUGUUCUUCGAAAUUUGAAA